GAUUCAGUCUAGAAGAAUCUUCAAGAUGUUGAUAAAGACGAUGAGCCAAAAAAUUUGCAGUAGUUGCCUUAAGGCUACAUCCUCUUCCUGUACAUCGUCGCUAUUUUUUCGAACCAACAAAGGAAUAUCCUGAACAAAAAGUCAGAGACACAGGCAGUACCAGUUGUUCUACAAAAUAACAUCAUCUUGAAAACAAGAUGAAAGUACUUGCGCUCAGCGAGGAGCACUCUCGGUCCUGUCCAGAGAGGACCGAAGGACCACCGCGCAGGCGGAGCCGGAGCAGAGGAGAGGAAAUGUUUUAUGACUGUCGUCGCACUUUCGCUUUCCGAAUGAUGUGCUACUAGGCCCUCGGAGGAUGAUAUGAAUUUGUUCACACAAGAAAUACGUGGAAGUCGGAAGCUAGUUCGUGUCUACAACCAUAUCCUCAGCCGUCCUCAAAUAAGUGACAGUAAGUUCUAGGAAGUAUCGUCAAUUGAUGAAGAUGUUUUAAACUUCAAGGUAUUAUUCCACCACCACCACUUUGCGUCUACUUUUUUUAAAGUACUAGAGUUUGUUCUAAUCGCUCCUGGAACUGAGGGAAAGGAGAGGUAUUUUCCGAAGGGAAAAAGGACUUCAUGUGCGCAGUAAUGAAAGGCAUCGGAGAAGACGAGGUCGCAGGCGCGACGUUGAACGCAGUGCAGAACAAAAAAGUGCUUCCUUUUGUAGUGCUGUCGGGAACAGUAGCGGGAAUUCAUCUUUUCAAUCGAGUUUCGGAAGUGAAGUAGUAGAAACGGAGAACGCGAUCGCAAAUAGACAGGACUCCAUCCUGGAAGAGACAAUGAAUAGUUGGUGUACUAGAAGUAGUAGAGAUGAAUCUGAUGGCGAAGAAGAGAUUAGAAGAAGUUCGAGGCAUGACCUCGAUACAAGUGGAACAAGAGUUUGUUGUGCGGAUUCGAGCACGAGAUCCCUGCAGUUUCCAGACAACAACUUCUCAUCAUCUACUACAUCUAGUGCUGCUGUGGCGUCAUCGUCAUCAUCUUCUAGUGCUUUCUCCCCUAGUCAGGUCACUUACUGGAGAAGAAAAAGAAGGCAUCAUGGUUCUAGCUCGACUCUUUCUUGCGGUAAGAGGAGUCCGAUGACAUACGGACGCGGACGAGCAAUUUGGUCAGGCCGACUUUCAUCACCGCGAGGAUCAGGAAGGCGGGCUCCGUGGUUUUUCUUCAUCCCUUCUUUAUAUAUAUAUUGGACCGCGAGCCUCGUCGGUUUCGUGCACGCUCUACAGGAUUACCGUUCCGCAUCGAGACGCACGCAUGCUUCGCUGACGACACCUCAGCAGACAAGCGAUAGUAUGAAGGCUCGGACGAGCGGACUGAAAAAAAGGCAGCAGCAGCUUGCCGAGCGAGUUUUACGGUUCUUCGUCUGCUUCUUAGCUUUAGUUUAGCCUAGGCCUCAUGCAUUAUUGCCCCAGUUGAGUGCUUUUCGUGAAUAAAUAUUUGAUCUCGAGGUAGGAUGGAUUCAGAUUUUCGAAAGCGAAUUAUCGUGAGCUCCUCUAAGAUCGGCUUCCGGCGCAAAAUCAGAUCAGUCCGAACUACACGCGAAUGACGUGUCGAUGGACCUUCGCAGUUCAAUUGACGCAAAGAUAAAGAAGGGGAACUUUUAAGAGACGAAACUUAUUCAAAGCUACAGCAGAAGCGUACUCACCAGGGGAAAAAGUUGAGUGAUGAUCACAGUGAUAGUGGUGCUCUAAUGACUCAUGCUGCGUACCCAGACUUUUCUCUCUCUCUCUUUCUCUCUCUCUGUCUUGGUUCGCCCCAGUCUAUCGCUGUAAUGCUUUUGUGCUACUGAUUCUGAAGAUUCAUCUAUGUCCUCUAACAUGAAGAAACACUCGAUGAUGGUGUAGAUGACAGUCCAAAGACCUUGAAGGCACCGCAGGAUCGCAGUCAGGAAGGAGAGUCGGUUGAUCCAAAGAGAAAGCCCGCAACAGAGACGAGGACAGAUUCAGGCAAAACUUUUAAACACGAUAAAUAUCAACAUGGUAGCAUAAAUGAGGUUCAAGUAGUUGUAGACAAUCGAAACGGGGGAGAUGAAAGUGAGCUACUAGGAGUAAAGACAUCAAGAUCAAGUAGAAAUGCGAAAGAAGGAGAAAAACGAAGACCGAAUGAAACUAAGGAGCACGACCAGAAUAAAACUGAAAGCGAGAAGUCUGCUAUGUCUGCCUCAAAAACAGAAGGUGGAGACAACACGCAAAGGGAGGAACUUCAGGUACUCUCGUCACAAUUUGGACAUAGCUGUUGCUUUUUGUAUCAAAGCAUAGCCCCUUUCUGACCGUACCAGCUUUCAUAAGUAGAUGCUCUAACGACCAGUGGUUGUAGUGGACUCCCACUGUCGUAUUGUCCCUUGUUUGGCUUUACUUGUGGCAGGAUACAAUUUUUUAACUUGAUUGUGGGUUGUGGGAGGGUCGUCAGCACAAGCAGGUUUAUGAUAUGUAUUAAUUGUAAGUACAAAGUAGUAGGUCUAGUACAAAGUAAGUAGUACAAAGUACAACUAUACAUCAAUAGCUACAUAAGAGGCACCAUGACAUGACAAGAGCAAGCAGUACAGCACGAUGAACAAAGAACUAAUCUACCUCCAACUCUAUGUACUACAACAAUUAAUCUAUCUCGCUCAACGCACAGCUUUCGGAAAUGACAAGCCAAGCGACAGACACGAGCGGGGCAAGUUCGCUGCAGCAGUUACAGGUACUUGAAGGUAAAAAUAGUUUCUAGGUGGUCAUAGUUCUGAUGAGAUCGAUGAGUGCUUGUGCUGACAAAGACAAUCUGAGUCUCAUCUCAUGCUUCUCAAUCUCAAUGAUGGAGUACUCUUUUCAGUUUCUUGUUUGUUUGUUUGUUUGUUUGUUUGUUUGUUUGUUUGUUUGUUUGUUUGUUUGUUUGUUUGUUUGUUUGUUUGUUUGUUUGUUUGUUUGCUUUGAUGCGCUUCGGGCGACGCGUACGAUCACGCCGGAUUUUCAGUUUCUUGAGAGAGUACAAAAAAUAAUCAAAUCUUCGACAUCGAAGAGUCGUGUAAUCGCAAUGUACUAUCACAAUCAAUUUCACUCUGCGUCUGCUCACAACGAUUGUUGCGACCUUUCAACAGAUGAUGAGCGGAAUGUGGAUGAGAGGCGACGAUGAGAAAUUGAAAUUUAAGGCUUGGUCGGACUCAUCUUAGGGAGCGUCUUACAUCCGCUACCUAGUUUCCAAGCAAAAGGAUAAAAAACGCGCCAAAAUUGAGACUCUACGUUUUGGUUUUAUUAGGUUCGAACAAAAAGGAAUGUAUAGCGUAAUUCGUUUAAGUAAUUCGAUUUAACUUUAAUGUCCUCUACAACUUUGAUAUAUAAUUAUUUACUGCACCGACCUUCAUAUAGUUAAAGACCCUACAAUCUAGAACUACAAUCAUCAUUAUUUACUGCACCUUGAUGUAGUUCAUCUAGAUGUAGCCGUCAUCUACUAGAUGUGAAUUCAUCAGGUCUACUUCUAAGGAGUGUCAUGUUACAGUGGCGGAUGGUAUGGACGAGACCUGGACCAAAGGCAACGGCUGUUGUCCAGAGGUAGUCGUCGUCAAGCCCGAAUUCACUCGUGCGGCGGAUAAGUGCCCUUUAUGCCAAUUUGUAAUCAUCGGUUUCUUUCACUAAAAUUCUCAUGCAAGAACAAAACUGAGGCCAUGUUGCCGGUGAGUAGAAUUUUACUUACUUUACCGUCAUCCUUUUCCUUCUUGAUGUGUGAGUUGUAAGUAGCUUCUACUUUCAUUUGGGUAUCAUUGCGCAUAUCAAUUAGAGCAGGAGGACCCGAUCGGCUGUAUGUGUCGACACUGCUGUGGGCAGAAAGCAGCUAUGCACAACGACUGCGGCACCACAGCUGGUUGCAGAAACGUAAUGCUUUGUACGAUUUUUGAUUCUACUACUGGGAUUCAAGUACUUGACAUUGAUAUCUAGACGUUCUAGCUUCAACGAAAAUGAAUCAUGAUCCACAGAAAGCCUGUGUCAGACUUCUAAGGAGUGCUCGAUCACAUGCAUCCUCUUGUCGACCAUGAUGCAUCGAGACACUGGCAAUUAUCCCCUCCCUCUUCCACCUGGUAUCCAGAUUUUAGACGGCAUUCCCGGCGUCAGCAAGAACGAUUUCACGGAGGACAUUCUAAAUUACGUCUAAACUUUCACAAUCGUCCUGCAUCCGCAUGAGUACUCAGAGUAGAAUGCAGUCGCGUCUCAGUUGUUUUAUAGUUUUCUACUAAUCAUGGAAAAAGUUGUUUUUCAUCUAUUGAUAAUCCUGAAUAGAUACAUACGUCAUGAUGUGAAUAGUGGAAGAAGUGUCUUUUUUAUUUACUAGUACCAGCGAACCAUGAAAAACAAAAAAUAGAGCCCGCGACGCAAUGCCUUCGCCUUUUUGCAGGCGAUUUUGAUUGGCUAUUAAGAGACAACGACAAGAAUGCACAUGCAGCUUCUACGGGAAAAGCAGCAUCUUCUAACGAAAGAUACUCCAUCCCAAGGGCGAGGACCAUGCUUGCAAAUAAGGCUUAUACUGAAAUAUCUCUAUACUAAACAAAGCUUUUAAUAAUUGAUCGCGCCUUGUUAGUUCUGCUUCAUCCGCUAGUCACUCGAAUACUCAAAGUAAGCAAGUUGUAACAGACACAAGAAUAAGAAUGACUGAGAAGUGUUUGGACUAAUUCUUGUUUUCUCAGCAGGUGUGAGUGCUGUGCGCCGCGUCUUGUGAUGAGUCAGCGCGAGGCGUGCCUUGUGAGUUUGGGGCAAGUAGGUGGGGCCAGGGUUCAUGUGGCUGCAAAGAAACAUGCCAGGGCUGGCUGGGUCGGGAGUGGCUGAGACUCUUGCUGGGCUGUCCCAGAAUGAGAACGAAGCCGCGCAGGGUUGCCUUGGGGCUUGCGUGCUCCCUUGCCGCCCGACCUCCUUGCGAUUACAUGAAGCGGGCGCGGCUGAAGCUGAGCACGUCUUAGCCUUGGGCGGGGGCUGCCGGGCCGCAGGUCGCGCUGCCUCGAGGGUGAAGGAAUGAGGCUGCGCCUGGGUUAGGAGCUUGCAGAAACCGCCUGACCGCCUUGAGAGAGCGGGGGCGCGAGAUUGUGGCGGCGUGGGUGUGUCUCGACUCGGCAGCGUGCUUGAAUGAGUGACGGAGGGGAGAGCGGGCUGGAGGUGUGCUGGGUUAGAGUGGAUCGCUCGGGGCAGCUGGGUGGCGUCGCAAAUUGAAGCGGGCUGCGCUUGGUUGAGAGAAGGGGGGCGAGAUGCGUGCUGCGGCUUUCUCAUCUGGAGGGGCAAGGGGCGGCUAUGUAUGCUGCUCGGGGGCUCGGUUUUGGCUGGUGGUGCUUGUGCAGGGGCUUCGCUUUCUUUCAAACGGGUCGAAUUUGUUUCAAAGGGGUCGAUUUUAUUCAAAGCGUUCGAUUUUUUCAAUAGGAAGGAUUUUGGUCGAUUCCUUACAAAUCGACCACUACAAGAUCCUACAAAAGUCAUCCCCAGAUGCCUACAAAUUGUAUCCUUUGAAAGCCUACAAAAAAAAUCCAUCGCUUUGAUCUCUCUCAGUAGUUUUCCCGUUGAAUCUUAGGCGUCUGGCCUGCUGCUUCUUUCAAACGCUACGAUUUAUUCAAACACUACGAUUUUUCUUGUUUUCUUUCUUUUUUACGGAUGCUAAAUUUCAGUUUAUCGGAUAUUUUUCGCUUUCGCAGUGCUGGUUCGUAGGAUCAAGAGCGCAGUGGUAGACAACACGAGUCUUGCCGGAUUAAAGUUCUUUUUAUGAUCUAACGUCAGCAAUGCGUGGGUGGCCCUGCAUAUUGCCACACGAAAGCAUGCGAGAAGUUAGCGCAGGAAGCUCUACAGGAGCUCCAAAACGCGUAUAACGCUGCUGAAGACUAUGAUGGCGAUCCGACUCUGGAAAAUGUGAUCCCGACCACGUGCAAGUUUUAAGGCUAGUACUAGUAGGUAGGCAUGUAUUUUUUAGGUACUUAAUAGUUGUAGGUAUUUAUAGAGUAGUUUAUAGAACGGAUGUAGGAUGGACUUGGAUGGAUCGGAUGGACCCCCCUGAUUCUUCCGAUCCUACUUGAAAUGGUGGGAAGUCCAUCCGUUCCAUCCGAUCCAUCCGAUCCAUCCCAUCCCGGAUCUGGCACCCCUAUAAACUGCUCUAGUAUUAGUUUAACGCUAGUACGACGACUAUGACUAUUCUGAUCGAUUGACGUCCACGUCUCGGUCUCGUGUUGCGUUGUUAUUCAAAAACUGAGCUCUUCUAUUCAGUUCUUAAAGAGAGCUGUACGUUGCACUAGGAUCCUCAAUGCCGCGAGCAGAUGCGGCGACUACUUGAUAUGACACGACUGGCAUUUAAUAUAUGUUCCACAAUCUUCUACUUUACAGUGGCAUUAUCAAUGUGCAAGGCUACUAGAGAUUCAUGCUAUUUUAUGAGGACAACUAGAGAUAGAAAUUCAUGUUGUAAAAGUCAAGAGGGUAAGGGCCGCUCUUUGUCAUGUUGGUUGGUAUCUCGGGCACAACUCAAAUGAUAAUGAGGAGGAAAAUUAAAGACAAUCACCGCUAAUAUCACUCCCAGCAAUCGAAAUAUGAGGCUGGUAGCAGCAAGUGUAACGGUGUAGAUCGCGCGGUUCACGCUGGUCGAGGAGACGACUGUAAGGUACUUUCUCUGCAUUCCUCACUCUGUCGCACUUCUUCUACCUUGAUGAACUCAUCUUAACUGCUCCUUCUCAAUCAAGCUAGUAUAAUCAUGAUUGAACGGCUGGUCGUGGAGUCAUCCCAUCUUCUUCUAGCUUUAUUCACGAAGUACUAGGUAAAACAAUUAAAUAUCAAGUGUAUGUCAAUAUCAAAGAGAAUCUACAAUCGAGUCUUCCUGCUAUAUAAUUCAAAUAAUGCUCCUCCUCCAAUACCAGCUGAAUCACGCGGCAGGACUACACGUUAGCAAUCAGAUGCGCUUUAUGUUGCUGGUGACAGGCGUGAUACUCUACAUUUCUGGUGUUUCCUUGUAAGCUUAAGCUACGGGAGCGAGUACUCUCGGUAGACAACUCGAAUCGGAAAGUGCUGUGUGAUCGUAUCCACACAUUCCUAGAAACCCAAAGAUUCCAUCUACUAAAUUAAUACAACAUGGAUCUACAACUCAAUGAAAAAUACUCUGAAUCUAGUUUCGCGUUUCCAAUUUCAAUCUGAGUUACUCAAAAUCUAGUCGCUUGUUACCACUUUCUUUGGUCUGACUCUGAACAAAGACAAAGUGUUCAAUACGAAAAUUAUCCAAACAAUUUCAUUUGCAAACGCUGCAACCUUGUUCGGACGACUUGGAUACCAGAAAUUAUCUAUUUAAGUUUCCAGCAAAGCAAAAUCGUUUCUAGAUGCACCAAGCAGAAGUACAACUUAGUCUUUUUUGUCCAAGUUAUCGUCAGCACAAAAACUUGUCGUUGUCGUAUUACUUGUCGUUGUCCUAGAAGAGCUCAACCAUUUUUAGUGCCACAAGGUCAAGAAAUAAGGAUGGUUCAGGUACCCGUACCUCAACCUCUUGAUCAUGUUAUAUUUAUGCAUAGAUGAAAUAUCAUGAUAGUAGAUGCUUUUCUCGUUGGCCUGGUACUAGAAGAAGGACGUUUCCAGCAGAAAUUUGGAAUUGCACAGAUAUGAACAGAUUUCCAAGAACUGCAUGCACUUUCUUCAUUUGUUCCAUAGCAGAAACCCUCCAAGAUGGCGCCAAGAUGGCCAUUUCUCUUGGAGGGGUCCGGUCGUGGACUCGUGAUCGUGAUUGUGCUAGAAAAAUACCAUGCAUACGAAUUUAGUCAUGUUUACACCUAGAAGGUUCUGCUACUCUUCCGCUACAAUUGGACCAGCACCAGAGAAGUCUAGAAACAAGGACUCGGCCUUGUCAAAAACCUGUCGACAAGAAAUCGUGAUCGGGAACAAGAGAGAACUUAUUAUUUAUGAAGACGCCUUUUGCUUUUCCUCCACGAGACCCAUCGGUUAGGGGCUAUUCCUAUUCUUGAGACGAAGAGAAUUACCAUGCGCGGAGCCAUAUACUGAAAAAGCAAGUUGUUGGCAAUGUGCGAAAUAAAACAUGCAAAGUAUUUCUCACAUGAUACAGAUGGAAGAAAAAGUGGGGAGUUGUAGCAAAAUUUUUUACACUGAGUAGACGUGUGUCCUCGAAGUUGCGAGAAAUAGUGAGUAGCAUAAAUGAGGAGAAAGCUACUGUUUAAAAGUGAGUAGCAUAAGUGGAUGACUGUUUAAAAGUGAG